AAUGAGAAAGGAGUAUUUUAUGCUUUGGAUCUUGGUGGAACAAAUUUUCGUAUAUUACGGGUGCAUUUGAAAGGGGAGGGUGGUGGUCUUGCUGCUCAGGAAUUUACUGAGGUAUCCAUCCCUCCCAACUUGAUGGUUGGGACCUCAGAUGAACUUUUUGGCUAUAUUGUCGAAGAAGUUCUUAAGUUUGUUGCUCAAGAAGGUGAAGAUUUUCAUCCAGCUGUGGGUAGGAAGAGGGAGCUGGGUUUUACCUUUUCAUUCCCUGUGAUGCAGACAUCCAUUGCUUCUGGGACUCUCAUUAGGUGGACGAAAGGCUUCAAUGUAGAAGAUACAGUUGGCCAAGAUGUGGUAGUAAAAUUGAAUGCAGCCAUGGAAAGGAAAGGCCUUGAUAUGUGCAAUCAACGCCAGGUAAAUGACACAGUUGGAACAUUAGCCGGAGGUAGGUAUACCAAUAAGGAUGUUGUUGCUUCAGUCAUCUUAGGUACUGGAACAAAUGCAGCAUAUGUGGAGUGUGUGCAAGCAAUACCAAAAUGGCAUGGUCCACUACCUAAAUCUGGAGAGAUGGUUGUCAACACGGAGUGGGGUAACUUUCAGACGUCGCAUCUUCCACUAACAGAGUAUGAUCAUGCUCUGGAUGCAGAGAGUAUAAACCCUGGUGAACAGAUUUUUGAGAAGAUAAUAUCUGGUAUGUAUUUGGGAGAAAUUGUUCGCAGAGUUCUUUGCAGAUUGGCUGAAGAAGCUUCAUUUUUUGGAGGAAGCGUUCCACCAAAACUUAAAGUGCCAUUCAUAUUGCAGACACCGGACAUGUCAGUGAUGCACCAUGAUAUGUCUCCUGAUCUUAAACUUGUGGGAAAUAAACUGAAAGAUGUUCUAGAUAUAUCUAAUUCCUCCCUGAAGGUGAGAAAAGUUGUCAUUGAGGUCUGCAACAUUGUGGCCACACGUGGAGCACGGCUUGCGGCUGCUGGACUCUUCGGCAUCCUAAAGAAGAUAGGAAGAGACACGGUCAAGACGGGGGAGCAACAGAGAUCAGUGAUAGCCAUGGAUGGUGGAUUAUUUGAGCAUUACACUGAAUUUAGGAAGAGCUUGGAGAAUACUCUAUGUGAAUUACUUGGUUCAGAAGUAUCCGAGCACAUUGUAAUUGAGCACGCCAAUGACGGCUCAGGCAUUGGAGCUGCUCUUCUCGCUGCUUCCCACAGCAAGUAUUGUCAAGCUGACGAAUCUUGAAAAGAAUAAAGCCGUUUUGCAAUAUUUUUUCCAUCUUUCUUACCAAGUUUUGGAACCCAUCCACAAUUUUGAAAUUAAUAAGGGCUUAUGCUGUUUGGGUUGCUAGCAGCUUCAACCAGAAUUUUAAUCCCAUUUUUUUUCUUUUCCACCAGUGAUUACAAAUUCCUGUGAUUUAUACUAAAUAAGAAAAUGGUAAACUGAGCAUUUUGUAUUAGCCCCAUUGUGGAUUACUAUCCUUGCUGCGGAAUCUGAUUGUACUUGGCGGGUUCUUUGUUCCUUUGUCUUUGGAUAUGGGGCUCAUGGCUUCAGAACCAGCUUAAGAUAGUGUAACAAAUUUCCCGAUUGUAGUUGAUAGGUUUACAUUGCUGAAAGAAUAAAGGAUGUACCAGGUUGUCUUCACUAAAGUUUGUGGUAGUUGCAGACGAAUGGAGCUUAAACAAAUUAAUCUUUUAUGGAUUUCAUGGCAACCCCCAUCAUUGUAAAGUGGAAUGUAUGUCAAGGUGGCAUUACCAUAAAGAGGAAAACCUUGGUCAAUAA